AUGCAUCAAACCUCUCUACCUUGGGAACAAAGUGUUUCGAACCCAACGAAGGAGGUAUCAUCUGUUCAAAAUUAUAUGCUUGUUAAUGCGCAGAACUAUAAAAAAAGCUCUCGAUUUCGAGGCUUCUAUCAAUUUAUUUAUGCUUUUUGAGAUCUCAGUCGGGUUUUCUUUGAAAAGGUUACUUCUAAAGAAGUAUAGAAACUGCUUCAAAAAGUUAUGUACAGGACCUUUCUAAAACUCUGGAUGUUAACAAAAAAGUUAAAGUUAUCAUCCUUAUUUCCACCUUUUUCUAUCAAUAAAACACCUACACUCUCUUUCCCAGAAAAAAUUUACUACUAUGUCAUGAAUUCGGAACAACCUUUUGCUUCCCAAUAUUAUAAAGGACCUAACCUAUGCUUACUAACCGCCCAUUUGCACCCAUAUUGCCUUGAAUCGACAUUGGCAAGAGAUAAAUUGCCGUUUUUUUCCUUGUCAUCCGUUUUAUGAUCUUCGCAAAAUGUGCAACCAGAUGGGCGGGGCACAGAAAGCUUGGCUCGGAUUCAGAAGACGUGCGGAGGAAGGAUGGAAGUGGUCGUCGACUUCGACCUCGUCAAGAAGGUCGAUCUGGCCACUCAGAUCGUCGCCUACACGAUCAAUCCCAUCGGUUUUUCCUGAUUUUUUUCUUUCUUAUCUUGGAAAAUGUUCAGGAAUGCUUCUGAACGGGGUUUUGAUCUACGUGAUAGUGCGAGGAACGCCUCAAGAGUUCAAAAGCUACUCGAUUUUGUUGUUCAAUUUCGCCGUUUGCGAUUUUUGUAGCUGUUUCUCUGCACUUUUGGCGAUUCAAAAGUGAGGAGCUUUUAUAAAAAUCUAUAGUCUGCGUGCCACGACUUGAAAUUUCACCGAACGACGUUCCGCUGUUCCGCUGCGUGCGUUCGCGAAGCGUCUUUGGAAUUUAGGUCACGCUUUCAAUUGAUUAUCGCAAGUAGACUACCUUAAUAAAAGAAAAAAUAAAAUAAAAAGCGCGACCGAGGUUCGCAAAGGCGCGCAGCGUCACAGCGGAAUGUCGUUUGGUGAAAUUGCAAGUCGUGGUACACAGGCUAUGUUCAAAAAUAUUUUCAGAACAGUUUUUUCGGGAUUCUCAUUGACUUACGUUUUCCACGGAACUUGCGGCCGAGUCUCGCCGUUCUUCUGUUACUUCCUUCACACUUUUGUUUGCCAUUGUUUUGCGCAUUCCCAGUGGAUUUUGAUGGUUUGUGGGAUCUUUUGACUACUCUGGAAUCUUCUGGACUUCAGGUUUCUUUUAUAUAUCGCUAUUGUCUUCUGAUAAAAAUCGUUCCGAAGUCUACACACGUUUCACUGAUUUGCUUUGGCUUCUACCUUCUCACCGUGGCUAUCAUGGUAAUUACAGAAAAAAAAGUUUCAUUGCCUUAUUUUGAAAAUAUUCCUUUCAUCAUAGCUUUUUAUUCGAGUCGUCUGUUCCCGAAAAGUAGACAUUUCACAGUUCAGACUUUUCAAAAACUUGUCUCGCGCUUCAAAAAAGUUUUUCCAAUUACCAGGCAUUUUACGACAAAAAAGUAAAAUACCGCCUUGUGAGUAAUGCUUUUUUUUGCCUCGGAACUUUGAUUAGCUUCAUAUUUGUUAGUCUUUUGCAUCCCUGAUAGCACGUGAGAAAAAGGAGAUUUAAUUGAAAGAGUGAAACUUGAUAACUAAGUGCUAAUUGAAGCGGGAAAACAACUUGAUUCUGAUAAUUCUUUUUUAUCAUCUUUUUAGAACAACCAUGAACUCAAAUUUGAGUAUAGUUUGCUUUUUGGUGAUGGGGGUUAAAAGCGCAAUAGUCUUCCGUGACCUCAAAAAAUACUGAAAAAUUGCUUGCCUAAAUCUUUAUGGAACCCGUCUGAAAAAGGAUGAGCUGUUUUUGUUUGAUCGAAAAUCAAAUUUAACACCGGGACGUUUUUCAAGUUCCCUCGGCGCCUUCAAAACUCCAGAAAAAGGUCCUAAACAGAAAUAAUAGCCGCAAAAAAUAAAGAGCCUCAAAAAAGGCACCAAAAAGAGUCCCUUUAUCGAGCCUUCUAUUUUUUCUGGGAUUUUAAAUGCUCAAGAAAUGGUGGAACAAGGGAGAGGCUGCAAAAAGGCGUAAAAUAGCCGAUAAAAUGGCGCAAAAAGGCAGCAAAAAAGGAAAAUUUUCAUGGAGCCGUUUCCGCCUUUUCCGAUUUUGCCUAUAUUCCCUCUGCGCCUUAAAAACUCCAGAAACCGGUUUCUAAAAACUUUCAAAAAAAAAAGGCUAUUUUUCUAAAUUCUUGCUUAAAUUUUUUUGAAUUAAUUUAAGGGUCCCUAUCUAUUAGUAGCCGGCGACAGUCGAGUACUCAGAGCUGAAAUGACAAAAGCCCAUCCAGAAUAUCGCUUUGACGAUGUUAAAAUCUGGCCAGGUACUUUUUUUUCCAAAUUUUGGAAAUAAAAAUUUUUUUUCUGACUAUUUAUAGUAUAGAUUACUUGAUUUGAAAUGAAUUUUGAAUUAUUUAGAUUUGGUCGUUUCUGGAAACGAAUCAAUAUUAUCGCCAUUGACUGCAGUUGCCAUCGCUUAUAUGUGCUUGUCCUGUGUUCCUGUCUACACAACUGUUAUUAUCUUUCGAUACAAGGUAAAUUGAGCGAAAAAUAAUAUUUUUAAGAAGGAAGAGUUCAGACACUGGCGUUAUUGGAAUCAAACGUUCUCAGUAUGUCAGAGGCCACCAAGAGGAUCCAUCGACAGUUGAUAAAGGUAUAGCUGAAUGAGCCAUCGAAAAAAGGGUACACGAUUUUAAAAUAAGAGAUAGCGCUUGGUUGGUGGAGACAGACCACGCCCCUUAGUGUCCCAAGCUUGUCGUGAAUCGGCUAUAGACUUCAGUGUAGAAAAGCUUGCCCCGUUUUUCUUAAGAAAAAAGACCGUAUGCCAAAACGUUUCAAACAUUUCGCUCCGAGACCUUUUUGUUUUGUAGAGCAAAAGUGCAAAAAUAGCUGUGGUUACGGUAUCUAUUUUUGUGAUUUUAGAAAAAGAUCGCCUGGUGCGAAACCCACUACACACGGCGUUUUUGUAAGUAUGCAAGACCAAAAAUGAAAGGGCCGUGGUCAAAAUCUCCACCGUUCCCAUUUGACGUAAUGGGAAACAAGCUUAAACAACAGGGAAUAUUAAAGGCGCAUUUUCAAUGGGUCAUGAGACGAAUCGUUUUUUCAUUUAAAAAAAAAUUUUUCUGUUGGCGUGUUAAAAGCUAUAUUAAAACCUAAAAUCCGAAAUAGCCGCCAGAAAGUAAAAUAUAAUUGAACAGAUAUUUUUCUGAACUUCGCGAAAAUUACUUUGAACACGGCAUGUGCGAGAGCGCCGCAGUGCAUGCACACUGCACACUACACUUCACGGAAAAAAGGGCGGGGCGUCGUCAAAAUAACGCCGUGUACAGUGAGAAACCACGGCUUAAACGAUCAUUUUUAUUAUUGAAACUCAAUUUCUGUUAUACUCAGCUCCUAGUCUAAAAUGAACAAAAAAAAAACGAAAAUUGAAGGCGCUGACCCUGCAAGCGUCGAUUCCGUGCUUCUGGGUCGCGGCGGCGUCCCUGUACCUCCUCUGCCUGUUCGGCGUCAUCCGCGGCAGCGUCUGGAUCGACAACGUCAUCUUCAGAAUCAUGGAGUGCAUGCCGACGAUCAGCCCCCUCAUCUCCUUGUAUUUCAUCACGCCCUACAGGUUUCCUUUUAAAGUAAUGACUUCAAACUAUCUUAUUUUUAUUCAGACGACGAGUCCGAUCUUGGAUAAAACGGGACAAGAAAACGAAUCCAUCAUCGGCAGCCAGAAGUUAUACAGCAAUGUGA